GCGGGUUUUUGCCGCUGUUUGAGCUCCGUGUCCUCCUUUAGCCAGCCGCUCAUGGCUGGCUGGGCAGACGGGUCUGCAGGGAACGAGGUGCUGGUGCUAUGCCGCUUUCCACAGCUGGAGAACUCCCAGUUCUUCAACACCACCUCGGACUUCAAGCUGGAGGGCUUCGAGGGGGGCAAGCCCGUCAUCGUGGUAGACGGCGCCUGGCGCUUUAAGGGCCAGCACCAGAGGCCACACAGCACCAACAUCUUUUUCGAAGAUGCUGAGUUGCAGGGUGCCUCGCCCCACGUCGUGGAGCUCGAGCUGGACCGCACUGGCUUGGCAAGUCGCCCGGAGCGUGCCGGCGGCGCGGAGCGGGUGCGAGCGCCGAAACACAUGCCCCCCCCCCUGGAGGCCAAAAGCCCCGAGCCGGCCGCUGACUCGGAGACGCAGGUAGCCGUGGGGGCAACAAAUGCAGACGCGGCCCCAAGCUCGUCCGCACCAAAGGCGGAGGCCAAAGCCGUCGUUCAUCGGCGAAGAGUCAAGCGAAGGAGAGUGGUGAGAUCCUCAGGAUCUGAGUGAUGCUACGCAAGAAAAGG